AUGUCUCAAAGAUAUUUAGUGCUUCUUCAUUGCGUUUUUCUUCUCUUGAGUGUGUUUAAAACCGAUUGCUAUUCAUUACAAUCUCGUAGCAAUUCGAAAGCAAAGCAUUCUCAAAAUAAUGGUGUUGUACAAGGAAAAAUAGGAGUUUUAAGAAACAUAGGAAAAAGAGAUCAUAGAGCAAAUAGUGCUUUCUUAAAGGUACAUGAUGAAGAAAAUACUGAUUUUUAUAACCUCAAAUUACAUGAAAAGAAUUUUAGAUGGAGUUUACCUUUAGCUUUAGGAUCCGAAAAAUCAGUCGUUGAUUUAGUUUUAACACUUGGCAAUUCCUCUACUGCAUUCUAUUGCCAUGAUGAAACAAAACCCUCUCCAGAAACUGAAACAUUAGGAUAUGAUUUAUCACAAUCCAAAGAUUUAAAAUAUGUUGAUUGCAAAAGUGAACAAUGUACUGAAGUUUUAGGAAGUAAUGAAUGUUUAGUUUUAGAUGAAUAUUUUAAACAAUUAAAAGGAUACGCUUUAAGAAAAAAAAAUUGUAAAAGCAAAUUUUGCGAUUAUGUAAAUAGCAUGAACUUUUUAAGUAUGAGCGAUCCAGCAGUUGAUAGAAAUGCAUCUGUAUGUCCAUUUGAUCAAAAAAUUGAUAGCGACCAAAUUAAAGGAUUUUAUUUUAAUGAUUCCUUUUUAAUUAAUGAAAGCACAAAAAUAACAUAUGAUUAUUUUGGAUGUAUAACAGAAAACACAAAUUUAAAUCUUAAUGCAGAUACAUCUGGUGUUAUUGGAUUAGCUAAUGAUCAUGAUUCUACUAAGAAAUAUUCAUCUAUUUUAAACUCUUUCGUUUCAAACUCUGGCUCAAAAAAAAAUGUAUUUGGUUUAUGUUUAAUUGAAGGAGGUGGAUUUGUUUCUUUUGGUGGAUAUGACAAAGUAGCUUUAGGCCCUGUUCCCCCUGUUAAAGAAGAAGCAGGCACAGUUUUAGAUGAUAGUGAUUAUGAUGAUUCAGACUUGACAUAUAAAAAUACAUUAUUAUCUGUCGAUGAAUCAGAUGGUUUCCUUUGGGUACCUUAUGCUGAAUCUGAAAAGGGAGCAUACAAAAUAAAAAUUCCAAAAAUCAAUUUGAAUGCCACUGGUGAUAAUUCAGAACAUGAAGUUAAUAAAGAUUUUACUCUUGAUACAUAUGACUAUUUUCUAUCAUUGCCAAAAGAAGCAUCAACUAAACUUACAGAACAAAUCAAUAAAAUAUGUAAAGGUUUAGGUGAAAAAUGUAAAUAUGAUGCCGACUCUGCAUCAUUCCAAAUGGGAAGCGAACAAAUAGGCUCUUUCCCAUCCAUAGAAUUCAUUUUUGGUGAACACAAAGUGAUAGUCCCCCCACAAGAAUACAUAAUAGACAACGGAAAAAACCAUUACAAAGUUUUAGUAAAACACGCUGAAGGCGUUGAAAAACUUGGAGUUCCAUUUUUCUUAAGCAAAUAUAUAGUAUUUGACAACGAACAAAAAAAAUUAGGUAUUGCACAAUCUAAAUGUCACACCACCAACGCAUAUGCACCCGUCGCUUCUCCUCCUAUAAAACCAGAAGUACCUAAAGUACCAGGAGGAGAUAAAGAACCAGGUGAAGUUGUUAUAGUACCAGAAGUACCUAAAGUACCAGGUGAAGUUGUAGUACCAGAGGAUGGCCAAGAUAAAGGUUUUUAUGAAAACAAUAAAACCGCCAUUUUAGCAGUUUCUGGUGUUGCUAUUUCAGGAUCUAUUAUUGGAAGUAUUUUUUAUCUUUUAUAA